UGAAAAUGUCACAGCAUUAUUCUUCACUCUCUGAGCAAGGGGCAUGGCGGGUUUAGGAUAAUUUGCAAAAUCGCUCCCUUCUCUUAACUUUCUCCAUCAUUGAACAGUAAUCUUCACUGGGUAUGUUUUAAUUUUAUGAUUCUAUUUCGAUAAAUUCUCUAUCCGUUUGAGAUUAUGAUGGCGAGUGUUCAAAUGGGUUUUCUAAAUUUGGGAUUGAAUGGGGGCCUCCUACCCAAUUAUCCUCCAAACUCUUACUUUCUAGUCCAUGAGUUUUCGAUUUCUCAAAGACCCAAUUCCUUAGUUACCUCGAAUUCUAUUACAGCAAAGAAAAAUUGGAACUUUGUUAGAAGAAAGCCCAAACCUAGUAAAGUAGGUUUUGGAACUGCCUUGAGUUGCAUUGACAUCAAGGAAAUAUUCAAUUUUGAUGGGGAAAAACCCAAAUUUUGUACUAUAAGCGCAUUGGGGAGUGGGGAGGUUGACGCCCGUUCAACUACUGUUCAAUUUGUUGAGAAGGAGUUGAAGUUUAGUCCAUCUUUUCAAGACUACUUGAAUGUUAUGGAGUCGGUUAGAACCGACCGGAGUAAGAACCCGAGUGAGAAGGUGAAUGCUGUUACUCCGCAGAAGAGAACAGUGAAGAGGAAAACUUCAAAUAGGGCUUGGGAAAAGCCUAAUUCAAGAGAAGGGAAGUUGAUUUAUAGGGGAAGGGAGAAGGAUUCGACGAGGAAAAGGCAUGGCGAUGUUGAAAGGAGAGGAAGUGGGUGGGGCCUAGUGGAAAGGAUUUUGGAGAAGAAAACUUCGGGAAAAGGUGGAAAUCCUUUGAAGGAUGAGAAAAAUAGUUUGAGCAAAGAGUUAAAUGGUGGUGGGGAUAUUGUGGACAAUGAUCACUUUGAGAGAGAAGGAGCGGGCUUCAGUAACUUGAAAGAACAAAAUAGAAGAGAGUUUAGAAGAGUACAUGAGGUAAAGAUUUCUAGCCGAUCAAAGGAUGCAUUGGAAAGAAAAAGCAGCGAUAGAUUCAAUGAAUUCAAAAGAGAUGUCAGUGGUUCUGAAAAAGUUUAUGUUAAGAAGGGAAAUCACGUCAGCAAUGGGAGAGGGGAGGUGGGUUUGGAUGAGAUGAAGUCAAGUGAAGGUAGGAAAGUUUAUGAGGGUAAGGUGGAAAGGAAGAUGGUUGAACUUGAGAAUAGCAAGAAUUUUACAAGCAGAAAGGCUUUUGUCAGGAGCAACAGUGGAAGGAAAUUUGAUGAAUCUGCAGUUGCUAAGACCUUAUAUCAAAAUGACAGUUUUACUAAUAUGAGUAAUCAGAGUUAUGGAUCUGAAGUGGGCAGUGUUGGAAGGAAUGAUCAGAGUUUUUUGAGAUUGGAACACAGGACCGGCAAUGAUAUGGACGUCCUUGAGAAGGAAAUCAGAGGACAAGAUCCAAGUCGAAGGCAUGUUGCCUUCCAAGACAAGACUAAAAAAUUUGCAAAAUUUGAUUCUAGAGCUAAUGGAAAGAGUAAUAUUCGGUUGGAUAAGGUAGGUGGACAAAAGAUUGGUGGUGUUGAUUAUGAAGACAGAGCAGCUUUCAGGACUUUCGAGGUUUUUACUGAUGUCCGGAACAGACCACGAGUUUUACGAAUGGAAAUGGAAGAGAGAAUACAGAAAUUAGCAAAGAGGUUGAAUGCUACAGAUGUAGAUAUGCCUGAGUGGCAAUUCUCUAAGAUGAUGCAUGGGGCAAACAUUAAAUUUACGGAGCAUUCAAUCUUAAGGGUUGUCCAAAUAUUAGGUGCACUUGGAAACUGGAAGCGAACAUUGCAAGUAGUUCAAUGGCUUAGCAGGUAAUUUUUUUGCAAAGAGCACAAAAACACCAUAAAAACCCAAUAUAUUUACACGUCUGUACUUGAUGUACUUGGGAAGGCAAAAAGACCUACUGAGGCACUGAAUAUAUUUUAUACCAUGCGUAAAGAACUAUCUUCAUAUCCUGACCUUGCAGCCUAUCAUUGUAUCGCUGUCACACUUGGGCAAGCUGGACUUAUGAAAGAUUUAUUCGAUGUCAUUGAUUGUAUGAGAGCUCCGCCAGAGAAAAACUUUAAGUUGGGUUUGCUGCAGAAGUGGGACCCACGGUUGGAACCCGAUCUUGUCAUCUAUCAUGCAGUUUUAAAUGCUUGCGUCCAGCAAAAGCAAUGGGAAGGAGCAUUCUGGGUGAUACAACAAUUAAAACAGCAGAACAUCCGGCCUACUAAUACGACUUAUGGUCUUAUCAUGGAGGUGAUGCUUGUAUGUGGAAAGUACAACUUGGUGCAUGAAUUUUUUAGGAAAGUGGAGAAGACUUCGAUCCCAAGUGCAUUGAACUAUAAAGUACUUGUAAAUACUCUGUGGAGAGAAGGUAAGGUAGAUGAAGCUGUAUUAGCGGUACAAGAGAUGGAAAGACGGGGAGUUGUGGGUUCGGCUAGUCUCUAUUAUGACCUCGCCCGUUGCCUCUGCAGUGCAGGAAGAUGCCAAGAAGCUCUACUACUGGUUGACAAGAUAUGCAAGGUUGCAAAGAAGCCUUUGGUCGUAACAUACACCGGACUGAUCCAAGCUUGUCUGGAUUCUGGAAGCAUUGAGAACGGCGCAUAUAUUUUCAACAAAAUGCAUAAAUUCUGUGCACCAAAUACAGUAACUUGUAAUAUCAUGCUGAAAUCAUAUAUACAGCACGGAAUGAUUCAGGAAGCAAAGGAUUUAUUUCAGACGAUAUUGGAUAGUAGCCAUCAGAUUAAAAGUAAAAAUGAUACUGAUCAAAAGGCCAUUCCAGAUAAAUUUACAUUUAAUACCAUGAUGGAUGCAUGUGCUGCAAUGAAUAAUUGGGACUAUCUCUUGUACACCUAUGAGCAGAUGUUGCGUCAUGGUUACCACUUUGAUUCAAGAAGGCACCUACGUUUAGUGUUUGAUGCCUUCAGGGCUGGAAAGAGGCAAGUAAUUGAGACUACCUGGGAGCACUUGAUUCGUUUUGGUCGUGCUCCACCACCUCCCCUCGUCAAAGAAAGAUUUUGUAUCAAAUUAGAAGAAGAUGAUCACUUUGGUGCAAUCUCUUGUAUUGAAGUCUAUCAGGGAAGUGAUUUUCAUGCCUUUUCCGAGAAAUCAUGGUUGAAUUUACUGCAGGGCAAUGCUCAUAGGUUCAGGAAUGUUACUGUUUCGAGAUUGACUCGAGAAUUGAAACACCUGAUCAAUGAAAAUGAUGGACCAUGUCAUUUGUAUCAAAAUCUAUUGAAUGUUUGUACAAAACUAUCUGAAGUUACAGAUGUAUCAUAAAUUUAUUUUUUGAAUAAAGUUUUGUCUCGCUUUCGUUAAA